AUGACUGCAUCAAGCUCCGGGGUGUCGUCUGCAAUGUCUGCAUCCAAAGCCAAUAAAUCAGGUAUAUUUUUGAGCAUUCCAAGACUUACAACUAAACCUAAUUUUCUAACAAAAUCUAAUCAAGAGGAAGUCACAGAUGUUCCCGAGGAGCGGGAAAUUGGCGAGGAUCCGACCACCUCGGCUGAUGGCUUAACUCAAAGGACAGAAUCCAACUAUGGAACCGAUCCUAUAGAGCAACAUGAUGCCACCACGUCGAUGCCGCAACAGUCAUCAAAACAGUCAACAAAACAGAUAAAAAGGAAAGCUGCAGCAAUUGCCGCGGCGGCAGUUGCUGCAGCAGCAGCAGCAACUCCUCCAAAAGCAAUCCGACGACCAGCACCAAAACCUGCAGUACCACGUGAUCCUAUUGUGCAUGCACGACCUCCUGUCGUCAAACCAGCAUCAAGACCAGCUGUACCACGUGAUCCAAUUGUGCAUGCGCGAUCAACAACCCCGGAACCAAAAGAGGUUGAUGUUGAAACAACUGGGUCCACAUAUUAUAACAGCAAUUACUAUCCUGAUUACUACAACUAUAAUAGUGGUUUUGACGGAAAUGAUCGUAGUGGCAAAAACCAAGGGGACAACACGUGUCCAGUUUUCAAAGAAACAAUCAUGGAGCACCACAUUAUUUUACGGCAUGGUGGAUGUGAAAUCAUUCUAUCACAGGAUGAUGCUAUUCGAUGGUUUGGCAGACCGACAAGGCCGCUAGUGUACUCAAGGAAAUACCUAUAAGGAACUCGAAUACAUCAUAAUUGUUCACCCAGCAAAGCUAUCAUCAUUCCUAUGUACAUCUGC